AUGUCGUUGAAACGGUCGGCUAGCGUCGCCGAUGGGAGUUCCCAACUCCUCAUUGACGAACAUAUUCCUAACCAGAAGGUAAUUCCCCUCGUUCAGAGUGGAAAUUCCGCUGGCACCGUCAAGUCCGAAGAUUUCGGACGAACGGUGAGGAAAAGACUACAGAAUACCACAAGGACAGGGCAAGCGUGCGACAGGUGUAAGAUACGCAAGAUCCGGUGCGACGGACUAUCAGGUGGAUGCUCGCCAUGCAGACAGAAUAAUACCGAGUGUAGAACCACGGAUCGGAUCUCGCAUCGUGCGGUUCCACGUGGAUACAUUGAGCAGCUUGAGAAGAAGUGCGCUGAUUAUGAGGCGAAAAUAAGGGAUAUGGAGGCUCUACUGCAGGUUGACGGACUUGGCAGCCCUGUGAAGAGCCACGAUGGGUCCUCCACCAGCAGUUCUAACGUUGGUUGGAACCCUGCUGAUAAGGACCAAUGGAGGGCUGGCGAGCCCGGUUCUAUCAAGCUGGAACAGCAGUCCCUACCCUUCUCGAUUGAUUACCCAAACCAUCACGAGCCGAACUCUCAUAAUUCGAGGACUGGAAGGUCACCGAAUAGAGAAGAGAAUGACCUCCAUGGCCGUCCUGCUUUCUUGAUCCGCAAGUCGGGCGCGCAGGCUCAUGUCGGGAUGUACUCGGGAAACUCAUACAUGGCAUCCACCCGUGCAUCUGCUCUCUCGGUUUUGGGUAUCAGUAUCGACUUGGCCGAUCUACAAGGCGUUCAAGAGCCAGCUAGAUCGCUAAACUACAUUUCAGUCGACGGCCACAUGGAUUUCAGAGAGAUGAAUCCUUUGGACGAUUCACUUCAGAGUUUCCUUAUGAGUACUUCGGGACAUGCACCCCCAUCGGUUCUACGAUUGAGCCUCCCAUCGAAAGAGGAAGCGCUUAUGCUAAUCGAAUGGAAUUGGGUUACUACUCAGCCCUAUCUGCCCAUCGUCCAUAAACCAACCUUUCUAGCUGAAUUUCAUCGCAUGUACGACAUACCAGACUAUAAGACGAGUCCAGCCUCAUUAGUCAUCACCCAUAUGAUCUGUGCCAUGUCUAUGUACUUCAUGGCGAAGCGAGAAAUCAAAAUCGACGGACAAACCCAUCAACCGGAUUUAAUUCGCGCCUAUCGUCACUAUCACUUCAGUCUUUCUUUCCUUAACCUCCUUCUCGCUGGUGGCACUCUUGAGGAUUGUCAGGCGUUAGUUUUCCUCCUUGCUUUCACACGAGGUUUUACUCGUCCUGGUCCAGCGUACAUCCUGUCAAAGAUCACCACCGCAACAAUCUUUGAGCUCCGCCUCAACCGCUCGCUCAAGAAACAACAUGAGCGUGCAGGGACACCCCUCAAUGUUCUUGAAGAUGAAAUGCGUAAACGAGUCUUUUGGGUUGGUGUCUCCAUCGACGUCGGCAUCUCUGCCAAACUUAACCGACCGAUCGGUGUUCUCCCAUCGGACUAUGACGUCGAAUACCCAGCAAGAAUUGAAGACGAAUACAUAACCGAGGCAGGGUUCACACAGGAACCCUUGGCCCCUACUUCCGAUGGCCGAUGCUCCCUCGACGUUGUGUUCGGCCUCAUAAAAUGUGCAGAGUUUACUAUCGAAAUUCAUACAAAGUUGUACAGUGCUGAGAAACCACCAAGCGAUGAGUACCAACCGUUUGUGGAUUACAUGGAGGCUCAGAUGACGAGUUGGAAGGAUAAUUUGCCUCCCCAUUUGAAGUAUGAUCCGGGAAAUCCGGAUGUCGUUGGUAGGAUGCAAGCGGGGAAUUUAAUGCUGUGGUAUAAUGAAUUGCGCAUCCUUCUCCGACACCCAUCUUUAAACCUGUCAAUCUCCCCGAGCUUUAGUAGUGAUAAUUUGACGAUCUGUGUCGAGUCUUCACGUACUAUCCUUGAAAUGACAGAUCUACUUCGCCGAGAAAACAACCUGGACACGGCUUGGUAUGCCACUAGCGUGCCUCUACUAGCCUGCAUGACCAUACUUUUUGCCAUCUGGGAGAAGCGCGAGACAGUGACACAAGCAGAGAUCACUAGAGUCAAGGCGGAUAUGGACUUAAGCGUUUGUGUCAUGAAAGACUUCGGGAGAAUAAACGGAUCAAAUAGCAAGCUGGGCGACAUUAUCCUCUCCCUUACCGAUGCUACAAUGAAGAUGCUCCGCGAACGCCAUGGAGGUAGGCUUGCUGUCAGUGGUCCGAGCAGUGCAUCUAAUUCACAUAAUGCCCCAUCCUCAAAACGCCGCACAAGCCUUACUCCCAAGACGUUCGCACCACCAACUACCCAUGAUAUUCAGCAGACGGCUAUCUCACAAAUGUCCAACCUGAAUAAACACUAUACCUAUCAACCACCACGGGCGGAACAGCAUAUCCCGUCGAACCCUCAAGCUCCCAUCUAUGUGGAUCCGAACAUCAACGGUAUCCCACAGAUAAACCACGUGCCCCUUCACCCAGUGACUUAUGCCGAUACAUCAGUCCACUCCGCGGCCACUGCUCUCGCGGCGGCGGCUCACCAACACCAUCAGCAGCAGCAGCAAGCGCAGCAGCAGCAGCAACAACAACAACAACAGCAGCAGCAGCAGCAGCAGCAGCAACAAACCCAGCCGCAACAUCAUCAACCGUACUUCAUUCCACACACCACUGCCGCCGAUAGUUCUAGCUAUUGGUAUGGUGGUGCGCCAGAAAGUUGGAAGGAGUAUCUUACCCAGAUGACCAGUUUGGCCGGAGACUCGCAGGGCUUUCCAGCCAUGGCACUUAUGAGCCUUGGUCAACCGGGUAGAGGUGACAUAGAUGGAACGUGGGGGUUUAUGAAUGUUUACGAUUUUGAGAAUACAGGUUCUUGA